AUGAAUUUUAUGUCGUCUUCUAAAAUUCCUUCGACUCCUUCGUCUCCUCGUCGUUCAAUUCAGCCCAUAGCUGAUGCGAAAAACAAGUCUCUUACGUUUAACCGCCGCAGAUUAGGGCUUUUCAAAAAGGCUUUUGAACUUUCUAUACUAUGUGAUGCCAAAGUCGUUGUUUUGGUUUAUGACACCAAGAAUGCCUGCCAUGUAUACUCAUCAGAGGAACCUGAGGAAAAGCGUGAUAAUUUGUUGCGCAAAUUUUUGGAUAAAGAUUUUGUUACAAACGACCCUUUGCGUAACAAUACUCCUCAAAAUCCCCGUCCGGGUGAAACACCUCCUUCCUGGCAAACUCAGGACGACUAUACUGCAUCUGUCACUACAUAUCGUGCUGAAUCGUCUCGCAAGGAAUUUGUAGAUUCGCCUGUGGAUCUUGAUAGUCAAGCUUAUACUAUGAAAUCUUCUACCUCGUAUCAUUCUGUCCCCCGGAAAGAGAAACCUAACGGUGAUUCUUUACCGCCAUUGAAUACAAGUUCUAGCUCGUCGUUUGAUCUACCCUUUUCUCCUCCAUCUAGAGGAUCGCAUGUCGAUGCUUUACCAAAUGACUGGAUGAACACUUUUUCGGAUCAAUCUUCAACCUCCCCGUUACCGAAUACGCAAGACAUCCUAUCUCCUUCUCCUGCUCUUCAACACAAUGGCUCGCUUUCUAUGGACUUCGACAAUUUCCCACAGUAUCCUCCUGUUUCUUCUAGACGUACACUUCAUGGCUCACGAAAUCGCCCUGAUUAUUCUUCUAUAAAACGUACCCAAUCGCUGAAAACUAGGCGCACAGCAAAACCAAAAGUCACCCGUAUACACACUGCACAUCCUAGUAUUGAUGGUCACUUCGAUUAUUUCCGUACCAGUCCUUUAUCUUCUGCUUCUACUAUAGAAACUCUUCCUAGUAACCCAUUUGUACCUCAAGAACCACAUUCGCAAAUCACUGAAUUCGAUAAUUUAAAUUGUAGGGACAAUGAUUUAAGCUCUAAUCCUUACGCUGAUACAAUACCUGAAAUUUCAUUACCGGCAGCUGACGACAAUUUUGGUCUUCUUAAUAAUGGUCUAGAAGCUACGAAUACUGGAAACACAUUCUUUAAUUCGCAACCCAUCAAUGAAUCUAAUAACGUUGAUAUCUCUGAUAUUGCUUUAAUGAAAGCAAAUGCCGACUGGCAUGCGCUUACCACUUCUCACAUUGAUUUGGAUUUAGAAAAUCGCAGCCCGGCUUAUUCAUUACCAUCGCCCAAAUGA